GACCAUUGGGUGAAUCACAUCCAAUCCACAUGCAGAUGCCAUGGUCUCAUCCAGGAUUAUGUGUGUGGAGUGCGCUGGGUGUGAAACCGAGCCCUUUGUGGAGAUCGACCCUUGGGCUGACGAGAGCGAUGUGGACACCAAUCAAGCGCUGAAGAGAGCCAUUGACAACGUGGUGAAGGUCAACAACAGCAGGACCCCGCCGUUGCCGGUGGUAGAUAUCCGCAACCGCUGGCACCAGGUGACCUUCGACGGCUGUGUGGCGCUGGCCUGCACCGUGCCGGUGUUCUCCAUCUUUGCGGGACGUUACAUCAUCAAGCAUUACCUCCUGGAGCGUUGGAGCCUCAUCUUCCCAGACCACCACGAUUUUUCCCGGCGCCUGCGCACCUGGCUCACUUCAGAGGCCUUGAUAUGGCUAUUGCUGGUGGAUGUCGUCCUGGCGGAUAUGUUCUCAUGCGAUGGAAUUUCGUUGGGAGGAACCAACUGCACGGCUGACACGGACUUCCUGUCGCUACCUGUAAAUAUCCUAAGCAACAGUCUGAGCCUCAGUGCCCUUUUGUUGCUGCGGAUUUUGGAGGUGCAAAUAUUGGAUGUCGCGGCACACGUUCACUACCACAAGGUGAAGGCAAGGAAACAACUGGAGGCCGCGAAAGCUGAUGCCGAGGGCAGGACGAGAAACACGGCCAUCUAUUUCCUCGAGAAGUUGGACGAGAGCUUCCCUGGCUCCUACCAUCGAAGGCGGCCGGCAGCCAACCUGUUUGAGUUGAGCCAGAACUUGGACUGGAACGACAUACCGAGCUUUCUGUGGAGGAUGGCCUGCUUCUCGACAGCGGUACUGUUCUGCUUGCUCACCUGGCUGCAGCUGAAUGUGGCGCAAGGGAAACCCAGCGGCGCCGGCUUGCCGGAGCUGAGGAUCAAGACCAGUGCUGAUUGCAUUGCACUCAUGACGAGUCUCAUUAAAUCGUAUGGGGCGGCAGUCUCUUGGUUCCACCUCCUGGUGAAUAUCAUUUGCAUCUCCCAGGGCAUGGGCGAGAAUGCGAAGCAGCUCCUGAUCUUCAGUACGCUCACCUCCUACAGCAGCAUCGAGAGCUGGAGCCAAAAGGACCGGGAAAGCCUUCGCACCAUCUUGGCCAACAGCCUGAGCAACAACAAUCGACAGUCGGGGGCGGAGAUCACCGAACAUCAGCUGCAGCACGCCUUGGACCGGAUCCUCGGCACCGAGCGCUUGGAUUUGACCAAUUUGGAUGAUGUGAAAGCGUGGUGGGACCUCCGGAGGUACAUCCAGGUGGACUUCCUCGAUGAAUCUGCAGCAAUGGACUACUGUGGAGUUUUGACCUUGCAGCUGACCCUUUGCUUCAUGGUCACGGGUGCGUUCGACUGGCUUGCAAAUGGAGAUGUUUUCUCACCUGGGAUUAUCUUGGUGGUGCUGCUGGUGGCAUGCUUGGGAGUCAUCAUGUUCACUGUGAUGCAGGCAUGUAUCACGAUCAACAGCCUCUUGGAGCGGGACUCCCAGGUCUUAGUCGAUGCCGCUGCCGACGUGGUGCUUUCCCGUCAGUGGAACGCUGCAGAAGUUGCAAGCCUUCUUCACAGCAUUGAGCGACGAGUGGCCAUGCUGGAUGACAAACAACAGAUUCUGGGGAUCACCAUCACGGAGACCUCUCGCAAUGCCUGGGUGGUGUCCCUGCUCUUCGCCUUCCUCGGGUCCUUGCUGAAGGUCUUGCAGGACAUGCGCGGCGAGGUGGCCGGGGCGAUCCGAACGAUGGAUGCGUUCAUGUGGAACUUCAGCCUGAGCUGGGCAAAUGAAUCGAUGGAUGAGGGUCAUGCAAGCUGAGGACCCAGGCAAUAGGGUCAUAGUAGCACUGCCAAACCAGCUCCUAUGUUUCUUUGGCAUACAAAGCUUUGAGAGGAUGUGCUUUGCACCACUCCCUCGUGUGCAAUACAAAGAUGCUGCGCCCGAAGACCGAAGACCUCAUUGGAAAGUCAUACAUGAGUUGAACACCCUGGCACCACCUCCGAUGUCGACCUUCAUGUGGGCAGGUCAAAUGGUAUGGGAAAGCUGCGAGACGGAGAGGAUCCCAAAGAAGGAUCCCUGAGACCAGCGAUUCGUCGCACAGGAGAUCCCUGAGACCCUGACGUCUUGAAUCUAAGACAGGCUCGAGGCG